AUGUCGUAUCCUGAGAAAUUUGAAGGGAUCGCGAUCCAAUCACAUGAAGAUUGGAAAAAUCCAAAGAAGAUAAAGUACGACCCCAAGCCGUUCUAUGACCACGACGUCGACAUCAAGAUCGAAGCAUGCGGUGUCUGUGGCAGUGAUAUCCAUUGCGCAGCUGGGAAUUGGGGUAAUAAGAAGAUGCCCCUCGUCGUCGGCCAUGAGAUUGUUGGUACAGUCGUAAAACUAGGGUCCAAGUCUAACAGCGGCCUGCAAGUUGGCCAGCGUGUCGGAGUGGGUGCGCAAGUCUUUUCGUGCUUGGAGUGUGAUCGUUGUAAGAGUGAUAAUGAGCCAUACUGUACCAAAUUCGUUACUACAUAUGGUCAACCCUACGAAGACGGAUAUGUGUCCCAAGGUGGUUAUGCUGAUUACGUUAGAGUUCACGAACAUUUUGUGGUGCCUAUUCCAGAAAAUAUCCCAUCUCAUCUAGCUGCUCCACUGCUGUGUGGUGGGUUGACCGCAUACUCUCCCUUGGUCCGGAACGGUUGUGGUCCAGGUAAAAAAGUUGGUAUAGUUGGCUUUGGUGGUAUUGGCAGUAUGGGUACUUUGAUUGCCAAAGCCAUGGGUGCAGAAACAUAUGUGAUUUCUCGUUCCUCCAAGAAAAGAGAAGAUGCGAUGAAAAUGGGCGCCGACCACUAUAUUGCUACUUUAGAAGAAGAAAACUGGGGCGAAAAAUACUUCGACACCUUCGACUUGAUCGUUGUGUGCGCUUCGUCUUUGACCGGUAUUGAUUUCGAUGUUAUGCCAAAGGCCAUGAAGGUCGGCGGUAGAAUCGUCUCGAUCUCGAUACCAGAACAACACGAAGUGUUGACGUUGAAGCCAUACGGUUUGAAGGCAGUUUCCAUUUCCUACAGUGCUUUAGGUUCAAUUAAAGAAUUGAAGCAGCUAUUGGAGUUAGUUUCCGAAAACAAUGUCAAAAUUUGGGUGGAAACUUUACCGGUUGGUGAAGCCGGUGUUCAUGAAGCCCUUGAAAGGAUGGAAAAAGGUGACGUAAGAUAUAGGUUUACUUUAGUCAACUACGAUAAGGAAUUUCAAAACUAA